AUGGCUGAUUUCGAGAUUCAUAGGCAUAUCGAAGGAGGUAACGUUAGAUUCAUUGCUGGAUGUGCUCUCUCAGGAUUCGACCUCAACCCCAGUAUCCGGAUUACCAACAGGCUGUCUAUCAAAUCUGACGCCAACACAAUCCUUGUAUCCUGGCGGCCUAGUACAGAAAUUGGAUCUUUGAUGAUAAAGGGGGUGCUGCAAUCGGUUGCAGGCCCACUACGGUUCUGCCAUAGGCCACCUCCUGACGUGAGAGGAAGGUGGCACGGGAAUACGAUCGCCGGCUUCUAUCAUCCAGAGCACGCGCAAGCAGCCCUGAAACACUUCAGCGGCUCAACUGAGAUAGAAGUUCAAGUGGUAUACACAGUCUACUUCACCGCUCCUAAAGAACUUUCAGAUGUUGUCCUCCUCGAUGUAGAGGACAUUGCAUCUCAGAUUCCGGAAGCCAAAAUAACCUGGGAAGAGCCUAGAGGCGGUAUGGUCACGUUGCGUCUUUCAGGGACAAGGCAAGAGAAUAUCGUUGACAUGAAGAGAAUUCUCGAAGCCAUCUACGCAGGACGCAUCGCUACCAGCAGCCUACAAGCUACCCGCUACGAGAUCUGGCACGAUUUCUUUGCCACGCCUCCAGGGGAGGUCUGGCUUCAGCACCUUGCGCGAGACACACGCGUCGUCAUCAUGAGUGACAGGUUGCAGCGGCGUCUACGCAUCUAUGACCCGGAAGAGGAUGACAUCCACAAGGGUUAUGUGGAGCAGAAACUUGCAGAAAAGGUGGCUGAACUUGACGCCUGGCAGGAAAGUCAUGCCAUUCAGCUGGAUGUGAAAGAUUUCAGGAAGCUUAUUGCAUCUGAAACUGUCGCAAAGGCGCAGAAGAAGCUGGGCAGGGCAAAUGUCAGCCUAGAUAUUCUCAAGAAAACGCUCGUGCUCCGCUGCCCUCGCAAAGCAGCGUACCUCGUCACGUACGAGCUGAACUUACCCCUACCACCGCCAGAUAUCAGGAGAGCCAAGCGUGAAUGCCCCCAAUGCGGCGACGCAACGACCGACAUCGAGUUCUCUGGCUGUGGCCAUGUCGCCUGCAGAGACUGCUUUGAUCAUCAACUGCGGGUAGCGUCAUCUGAUCUCACUGGCAACCACUUUCCCCUCGUUUGCUGGCAUGAAUAUUGCGGGCAACCGGUCUCCAUUCCGGAUCUUCGCAAGUACGCUACGGGCACGGUGGUUGACUCGUUGCUGAAGGCAUCUCUGACCUACCAUAUCCGCUCAUCGCCCGACAUCUAUCGGAACUGCCGUACCCCCGACUGUCAGUCUGUAUACCUUCGCAACGGUUCCUACGAGAUCUUCACUUGCCCAAACUGCCUAACGCAAACGUGUACCUUGUGUCACACUGAGCCCCACGUUGGCUGGACCUGCGCGGAAUUCGAUGCACAUCUUCGCAAGACGCAAGUCAACGAACACCUACUAGAUGGAUAUAAAGCCCGGGCGGGUACCAAAGACUGCCCAAAGUGCGCCACGCUCAUCGAGAAAGUUGAUGGUUGCAAUCAUGUCGAGUGCAGCGGCUGCCAUGGGCAUAUUUGUUGGGUUUGUUUAAAGGUCUUCACGAGAAGCGACGCCAUAUAUCAGCACAUGAACGAUGCGCACGGAGGAAACGGGCUGGUUGAUGACGGAGAAGACGAGGAUACUAGGCAUGUCGACCUCGAGCAUAACCAGAACUCUCGUUGUAGUGUCGAUUAUUUGCUUAUGCAGCGGUAUUAG